UAUUACUGGAGGCUCAUGUCGAUCGACAGAACACUAUCUUCUUUCAAUCCAAAGUCAGGAAAAUUGAAUGGUCUUUUUCUGGUGUUCGGCCUUAUAUUUCUGUAGCAUUAUCGGCUCCUUGUUAUAAACAAGUUGUUUUUGAGCAAGUUGUUUGUAAACAAGUUGCAUGAUAGAAGGAAAGAAAAAUUGGAACAAUGGAGGACAAGGCUAGUAGUGUAAGGGAGAAGCGGUGGUCUCUUCAGGGAACAACAGCUCUAGUCACCGGAGGAAGCAAAGGGAUUGGACACGCCAUAGUUCAAGAACUAGCGGAGCUUGGGGCUACAGUGUACACAUGUUCACGAAACGAAGCUGAACUUACCGAAUGCCUACGACAGUGGGAGAAAUCAGAGCUUUGCGUGAUAGGAUCUGUUUGUGAUGUAUCUUCUCGAUCUGAACGAGAGAAACUAAUGGAGAAGGUUUCUUUAGCAUUCAACGGAAAGCUCAACAUACUUGUUAACAAUGCGGCAAUGGCAAUUUACAAGAAAGCUAAUGAUUCUACUGUUGAGGACUAUACGUCAAUCAUGGCUACUAAUUUUGAAUCACCAUUCCAUCUAUGUCAACUUGCCUACCCUUUUCUUAAGGCAUCAGGUGCAGGCAAUAUCGUAAAUAUCUCCUCAAUCGCUGGGCUACUGGGUGGAGAUGACCUUACCCUUUAUUCAGCAACCAAAGGAGCAAUGAAUCAGAUGACAAGAAAUUUGGCUUGCGAGUGGGCGAAAGACAAUAUUCGAACCAAUUGUGUGGCACCUGGAGUCACCAGAACGGUGAUGGCAGAGCCUCUAUGACUGGCAGACAUGAUCCUCACGCAAGCGGUCAAACUAAAACGAAGUCCCACAAAGAACAGAGAACUGUAGAGCGUUCCAUAACGUCUUUCGCAUGAGUUACUAGCAUUUUUUUGAAAUAGAAGAGGAUGAGGCUGUAUCCAGACCAAAAUAUUGCAGGUUUAUUAACAAAAUAUGAGAUACGUGAAACUAAUAGAAUGAGCUGAAAUUGAAUGGUACAACUUUCCGCAUCAAAAAAACCCACAACCACUAAAUCAUCUAGUGGGUGUCAAAAGAAUUGAUCAGAUAUCUAGUUAGAACAGGUACAAGUAAGAACAUGAUUGAUCAUAAUUAAUCGUGCAAACAUAUGGACAGACAGUGGCAAUGACAGGUAUCCAUAAAAUUAGAGCUGGUUAUCUUCUUGUUGGGAGUAGGAGUCUACGUAUCAGACAAAAUCCCGUAGAACCAAGCACUCUUACCGUUUAUCUUAGAUUAUACAUCAAACUAUACCUGAUCUCAACAUGCUUUGACUCAUCCCUUAAUUUACCUUCCUCUCAAAGUUUUAAUCGCCGCUUGCAUUAUUCAAAUUUAAGCAAG